ACGGGGAGGGAACUGCAGCACAAUGUAGCUCCUCCCUGUCCUCUGGUUUUGAGUGUGUGUGUGAGAGAGAGGAGGGGGUGGGACUUGCUGCAUGUUGAAGUCUCGGUGGAACAGGAGGAGGGAGUCAGCGCGGACUGUAGGACGGAAUUGAAAGCUGCGCAACAUGGCGCUGCUGAGGAUGUGUAGCCGCUUCUGUAUUGCCAUGAAGAACAACUCCAACAAAAUGUACCCUUGUGUCCCAUGGCACUGGCAUUCAACCUCAGCCGCAACUGGGCAGAGAGCUGAUAUAAAAGAAAAGCCUCAACUCGACACAAGGAAACCUAAGACUGGCAUUCUUAUGCUGAACAUGGGAGGACCUGAAACGUUAGAUGAUGUUCAUGAUUUCUUACUACGACUUUUCACAGAUAAAGACCUGAUUCCACUUCCAGCUCAAAGCAAACUUGCUCCUUUUAUUGCAAAACGACGUACUCCCAAGAUCCAGGAACAGUAUCACCGGAUUGGUGGAGGGUCUCCAAUUAAAAUGUGGACUGCCAAGCAGGGAGAUGGCAUGGUGAAGCUACUUGAUGAAUUGUCACCAGAGACAGCACCGCACAAAUUUUAUAUUGGUUUUCGAUAUGUUCAUCCUCUAACAGAAGAAGCGGUGGAAGAAAUGGAGAGAGAUGGGAUUGAGCGGGCAGUAGCUUUUACACAGUAUCCUCAGUACAGCUGUUCUACCACAGGAAGUAGCUUGAACGCAAUUUAUCGGUACUAUAAUGGCAGGAGAGCAGCACCUAAGAUGAAAUGGAGUACAAUUGACAGGUGGCCAACACAUCCUUUAUUAAUUCAGUGUUUUGCGGAUCAUGUACGGCAGGAACUUGAUCGAUUUCCACCUGAGAAAAGAGAUGAUGUAGUCAUUUUGUUCUCUGCUCAUUCUCUGCCGAUGUCUGUUGUGAAUCGAGGUGACCCCUAUCCACAAGAAGUGGGAGCAACUGUCCAGCGAGUCAUGGAAAAGCUAAAUUUCAGUAAUCCGUACAGGCUGGUGUGGCAGUCUAAGGUUGGUCCAAUGCCCUGGCUUGGACCUUCUACAGAUGACACUAUCAAAGGAUUGUGUGAGAGAGGCAACAAAAACUUAUUAUUGGUCCCUAUUGCUUUUACCAGUGAUCACAUUGAAACACUGCAUGAACUUGAUAUAGAAUAUGCACAAAUCUUAGCCAAUGAGUGUGGAGUUGAAAACAUUAGGAGAGCAGAGUCAUUAAAUGGAAGCCAGCUGUUUAUAAAGGCCCUAGCAGAUUUGGUUGAUAAACACCUAAAAUCAGCAGAAACUUCUUCCAAACAACUGAGUCUACGUUGUCCGCUCUGCGUUAAUCCAAUAUGUGGAGAAACAAAGGCAUUUUUUGCUAAACAGAAUCUCUGAAAUGGCACUUGCGUCCUGAUAUUUUCUGCCCUUCAGAAAAAGCUUGAUCGAAUGGUCGUCUUGGUGGUUUGCUUUCUGCUGUGAUGGUAUUUGAAAUAGCAUGUGUGUUGAAUGUAAAUCUCAUCAAGAAAUUGCCUUCACUUCUGAAGCUACAUUUUUAUUAUUGUGACUAAAAAAACAGACUUUUGAAGAGAGUAUAAAUGCAUCAGCUUACACUGUUCUCAAAUCAAUGUGCAUGGAUACAAAAGUUUAAUAUCUCAGUUUUUUUAGCACUUUUUUUACUUCGAUUCUUUUUUCCUAAGGAAUGCUGAAGACUAAGCUUUUAAAGGCUACACCUUUUGUUUGCUCAUGCAUAGGUUUUUGAACAUGAAUCAUACCUGGUAGAGAUUAACUUUGUCCUUGCCCUUCAAGGUGAAGGUAGCCAUUGUCAGAGGUGCUUGGAUGGGUUCUUAUGGGCACAUGGCUGUUUGAGUGCGUGACUACAAAAACCAAACUGUGUAUCUGGACACUUAUUCUGCGAGUAGAACAGAAACAGCAGACUAAGUUUCAAACAAGUAAAGAUUUAUACUCGCAUUUUCUCACUGCUUCAAAUACACUUGCCUUCUAAAGAGCCACAUCAUAUUUUUUUUUAAAAUUUGGUUGCACCAGGACUUGAAUUCGAUGUCAGACCUCAGAAGUGAAGCCUUCAGAGUGUUCCUAUAGCAAUUUCUGUGACUCCCCAUGAGAGCACACUCCAGUUCUUUGUUGAAAAUUUACCUUGGUAAGCGAGUGUCGGACAUCCUAGCCAAGUGGCCAGCUUCACUAUAUCAGGUUUUUUUGUGAAUGCUAGGCAUGUCAGCUCAGGAGAGUAACUCAAACAGACUCCCCUAUUAGAGAUUAUUAUUUUUAAAAGCCCAAAUUUAUAAACGAAUGUGCUGUUCGUAAUUUAAUUUGCCAAGAUGAUAUCAACAUGUUAACUUGCAUUUGUGACAUGAUUCAUCUUGAGUGCAGUCCCUUGUGUCACAAGAAAUGGAGCAGGAGUAGGCUAUUCAGUCCUGCUGGAUUUCAGUCUGUCAUUCAUUGAGAUCAUAACUGGCCUCUACUUAAGCAUCAUUUUACUGUACAAUCCCCAUAUCCCUUGAUGUUUAUAACAUGUAAGAACCAAUUGCUGCCGAGUGGAUAAUGAAAAAAUGUUUCUCCUUGUGGAAGAGACUAGAAUUCGGAGUUGAUUUGGCUAAACAUCUGGGGUGAUGAGAAUAUUUUCUGAGGGUUAUGAGUCAUUGAAACACUCCUAACAAUGGUACAGACACAGUUAGAUUCUCGACGAAUGAGAGAGCUGAAGGUGGGUAAGCAGAAGUAUGGAUUCGAGGCCUCGAUUACAUCGUAUUGAAUGAUAGAAUAGGCUGUAGGGGAUGAAUCUCUACUGCUCUUAAUUCUUACAUUUGUAAGGUUUCAGUCUUGAACAUUCUAAAUUGCUGAUUCUCUGAAGCUUCGGGGACAAAAAAUUCCAAACCUUCAUGAAUGCAAGUGAAAAAAUUAUUUUUAGUCCUGAGUGGUCUACUGCAUAUUCUUAAACUCUGCCCUGGAUUUGUACACCCCAGCCAGUGGAAACAUUUUGCAUCUACCCUGUUGAUUCCUGUAAGAAUUUUGUGUAUUUGAAUGAGAUCAGCUGCAGGCAGUCUCAAGGGACUCAAUGGUCUAUUCCUACAUGUAUCUACAUCCAUCUUCAGAGAAUGAGGAGGCCGUCUAUUUAAUCUUCCUUUGUAGCUCAGUCCCUCCAAGGAAUUGGUCAGUUAAACUUUGUUCUACCCCUGCAUGAGUGUUUAUCUUCCUGUAGAUGAACUCAAAACUCCAUACACUGCUCUAGCUGGAGUAUUAGGAAAAUUCAACCAUGGAAAUUAAUUUGUAAUAAAUUAAAACCAAACCUUUAAACCAGCAGAAAGGACUUUUAAACUAAUAAAAGGAUCAAAAGGCUUACUUUACUCCUUGGCUCCCUCUACCUGAGUUUCCAGGUUGUUAGAAAAGUCAUUUUGAGGGUAUUAGAUGGAGGCAAGAGCCAAAUACGCUUGAAGUUCAGAUUUUAAAGUCUGGAUUUAUAUACACAUGGGAAGUUAUUUACCAUGUUCAAUGCUCAUCAUUAUUUACUUGGUAAAUACUGUACGCACUUUCCCAACAGCCUGUUGUUCAAAGAGAUUAGGUGCGGGUUGGUGGAGUUAAAUCUUGGGGAUCUGCAAGUAAUCAACAAUAUCCACUAAAAUUAAAACCUACCUGUAUAGAAGUGUUGAUCUUCCUGCCACUACUUACUCGUGCAUUUUUGUUGGCAUUGUUAAUAAACAUAGAGGUGAACUUUUGAACCAUUAUUGUCCUUGGGGGUAGGGACACCCAUUGUGCCAGUCAGGCAGUCUAUUUCAUCCUGGAUACUUCUAAUGACUACAUGUGCGGAUCAUUUCUCUGCAAUUAAUCAUUCACUGAGGGUAGCUUGUUCUUGCUACAAGGUGCUGUAUGCUAUUUUGCUUGCCCAGAAAUCAGAUGAGAAACAUCUUGAAGUAAAAUAAAACUGAAUGCAUGAGAUCUGAACCAAAAACAGAAUUUGCUGGCAGCAUCUGUGGGAAGAAAGCAAAUUUAACACUGAGUCAGUGACUUCACUAGAAUCUGCUUUUUCCCCCACAGAUCCUGCUACACCUCCUGAGUUUCGCCAGCAAGUACUAUUUCUGCUGGAGAAACAUGAUGUAUGUGUAAGAUUUUAAAUGGGCCGUGACAUUUUAGGAUGCCUCCGUUAACCUUGCACCUUGGCCUAUAUCCUUUAAAUUUUAGUCUUUUGGUAUAUUUUAUUCUCAACCCUUUUUUAAACAGUACCUAUUAUGCUGUGAAGUGUAAAGGGAACAAAUAAAAUGCUGUAGAACAUGAUUAAAAAGUGAAAGUUAAACUGAUGCAUUCAGCUGAAAGGCAGUUAUUGAGAACACAGUAUGAAUUGGGUUGUGCAAAUCUGCAAAGUGGACUUUAGUUUAUUAAGGCUUCACUUCUGGGCAACCUAGUCAAGGAGGAAUCUAAUCAUCACACAAUAAAGAAUUUAGGUAUUGUUGUUUUGUUUCAAAUACACAAUAAGCUGGACUGAGACAAGUUAAUUUUGGGUUUGUUUUCUUCACCCGUUUACUACUUGCAGUCAACUUUGGAAAGGAGUUUUGUUAGCACGAAUCGUACACGAGUGAUUGGCAACAAUACAUUACCCAAUGAUAGCAGUGUUCUUUUUUUAAUUAAUUCACGGGAUGAAGGCAUAACUGACCAGGCAGCAUUAAUUGCCCAGUGGGCAGUUCACAGUCAAUCACAUUGCUGUGGGUCUAGAAUUAUAUGUAGGCCAAACCUGGUAAGGAUGGCAUUUUCCUUCCCUAAAGGACGGUGAACCAGAUGGGUUUUUCCAACAAUCGGCAAUGGAAGCACCGUCAUCGUUAGAUUGUUAAUUCCAGAUAUUUUUAUUGAAUUCAGAUUCCAUCAUCUGCCAUGGCAGGAUUCAAAUCUAGACCCCCACGACAUUAUCUGGGUCUCUGUAUUAACAGUCCAGCGAUAAUACCACAAAGCCAUUGUGUCCACAUCAAUUUACCAGCUACCAGGUUUAUUCAAAGGCAGUUGAGCAGCCAUAGAAAUAGUUAGAAUAUCAAAUUAUUUUGGACAUAACCAGGGAAUGAAAUACUUCAGAUGACCAGAUGUGGCACUUAAAGUUACUUUCUCAUAAUUUUAAACAGCUGCUUCGCGGAAUCCUACAGCACAGGAAGAAGCUGUUAUGGAGGUUUCACAGCUUUUCAGUCUGAAAAGCAGCCAUUCAUCCCUGCUAUUUGCUUUUUGCCAGUUAUACAUUCACAUUGUAACUUUAAUCCUUGGGCUGUAUUUUUGCUAGCCAAUCCGUUGUAGCACAGAUGAAACAAUAUAUUUUAGGUUCCAAUACACAUGAACUGCAUUGACCUAAUUUAUACCUGGAAUUCCACAUACAAAAAUUCUCAAUUUGCUCAUUAAAUUUUCUGAUAUUUAAGUGCACUUUGUGAAUUUAAAAGAAAUCGAGCAAAAGAAAUUAAUCCACAUUCUCAAGUGUUGAUCAAUAUUUUUUCCUGCAUCUCAUUUUCCCACUAAAAAUUGUUUUGGGAGCAUCCUUUCAACGAGAGUUUGUUGAUGCAAUUUUUUUUCCUUCGUCUACGAGUUUUUUAACUACUUUUUUGAAAGAAGUGAUUUUUGUGUUAAAAUUAACUUAUUUUUUGAAGAUGGUUGAUGAUUCUGUGUUGAUUGAAUAAUUUAGAUGCAGUUUCUCACUUAUUGCUACUCUUGUAACAGCCCUGUUGGUAAGUUUUUCACUUCUGUAGGAACUGAAUUGGACUGUUCCGAAUAACUUACCAAGUGCAACUAUGUUAUUUCAAAUUAUUGGUAUGAACACAAAAGCAUUGGCUUUAUUUUAGUGUUUAUGAAAAACAAUGGUUCAGACAUGGAAAGGAAACAUGAAGCAGACUUAAAUUGGACACCACUUAUCCCCAGUAACAGCACUAAAUCAGAAGUUCUGUAAUGUUUGGGGCUUAAAAGCAAUGGACAGUACUAUGAUAUUAACAUAUUUAUUCUUCCAUUUGUUUCUGGUUAUACGUUUGUGAAUUGGGCAAACUGAAUUUUGACUUGAAUUCUGCAAAAAUGUAAUAGUAAGUUUAAGAAAAAAGGUGACCUGUUUUGUAAUCUCUUCUGUAUGAAUUCCAUUUGAGUUCAGGUAGAACUAUUAAUUACAGACCCUUUUAAUCUGCUUUGAGAAGAAAAAGGACAUGUGUAUUGAAAUUCUUGUGCUUCCAUAACUUUAAUUCAUUCUCCUCAUUGGUUCUGCUUGCCAACACAGCUCUCUCCACUGUGCUAGUUGUAUUUACCCUUUACAGCACGGAUUUCAACAAAGCACAAUGUAAUGACUACUGUAAGUUCACCAUUAAUUUAUACAUGUCUAUAAGUAAAUCUAGAAUAAAACCGGUUUGAUUUACUUUGCUAUCAGUACAUUUUAAAACAAAAAUCAGUAUUACUGUUAGCCAUUAGCUGAACGCUAAUAUUCAUGCUGAAAUGACACUGUAACAUGUUCUGGUUUAUUUCAAUGGUAAGUAAUCAAAAAUGAAACAUUUAAUGUGCUAUUUAUCACAAGAUUAUCAAUUGCCAGAUAAUCAAGUGAUGUACACGUGGAACAGAAGCACAAGUAUUCAACCCCUUGAGCCUGCUCCACUAUUCUAUAAGAUCAUAUUGAUCUUGUUUUGAGAUCCACAUUUCCAUUUACCCCAGUAACCCUUGAUGGUCUCCUAUUUAAAAGUCUAUCCAGCUCUGUCUUGAAACCAAUAAAUAAACCCAUUUUCACCUUCUGAGAGAGUUCCAAUGUUGCAGUUCUGAGAAGGGGUUACUGGACCCGAAAUGUUAACUCUGAUUUCUCUUCACAGAUGCUCCCAGAACUGCUGAGCUUUUCCAGCAAUUUCUGUUUUUGUUUCCAAUGUUGUACAGUCUUCUUUCUUCAUUUAUGUGAAACGAUAACCCCUAAUGUGAAAACUGUGUCCCCUAGUUCUAGAAGUGCCCACAAGAAGAAACAUCCUUUCCAAGUCCAGUUUCUGAAUGUCAUUCUGAAUCUUGUACACUUCAAAGUCAGCGCUUAUUCCUCAGCUCAAAUGCUAACAGGCCCAUCCUGUCAAGAAAAUCCUGGUCCAUUCUAGGUAUCAAUCUAGUAAAUCUCCAAUCUAUCAUUACUUUUGCCUUGGUGAUACCAAUUUGGGAUAGCGAUCUUAUAUUUCAUUUAGUUAUUUCUGUGAGCAUCCUUUUUAUAUGGGAGUUGCAGGAUGGAGAAUGUCACAAAUCUUAAAUAAUUAUGAAAUCGAGAGCUAAUAUCAAAUGACCUCAACAUACAAAUUGGUUAACUUGCAUAAAAUUUCUGAAGCAUUGGUUUCAUUAGUAAUGAUUCUUAAUGUGAAAUUUGAUUAUUUAAAAUGGAUGGGAACAAAAUGAAGAAAGUGUUGAGCACAAUCUUAAGUGAUGAAAGUAUCUGUAAUAAAAAUUGUAUCUGAAGCUCUUGUUUUUAAAAAUGAUUUACUUGCUGAUAGAUUGCAAAAGUAUUGAUUACCUUACAGCAUUACAGAAGUCAUUCUUUUGAUGGAAUUGAGAGUGUGUUUGUGCAAAAUUUGUAUCUACUACAGAAUUGGGAGCAGGAAGGCAGUUUGGCCCCUUGAGAUUGUUCCAUAUGACCUGAUUAUAACCUGAUCUACAUUUCUGCCUACCCUAAUAACCUUUCAUCCUUUUAAUUGCAAGAAUGAAUCCCUCUCUGCCUUAAAUAAUCAGAAACUCUGAUUCUACUACUUUUACAAUGAAGAAGUCCAAAGUCACUCAACUGAGAGGAGAAGAAUUCUCAUCUUUGCCUUAAGUGGGUAACCUCCAAUUCUAGAUUCUUCCACAAGCGGGAAAUAUCCUUUCCACAUCCAUCCUGUCAAGACUCAUCUUCUAUUACAGUCAAGGUAAUGACUACUCUAAACUCCAGUGGAUGUGAGCCUAUCCUGCCAAUCUUCCCUCAACAUAAUAGGCCUGUUACAGAUAUUAGUCCAGUAAACUGCUUCCAGCACAUGUUUCUUUUCCUUUAAAAGGAAAAGUCAAAGGUUCUGUGUACAUACUCCAGAUAUGAUGUCACUACUGUUUUGUGUAACUGAAGCAUGAUUUAUCUUUUUGUAUUCUGUUCCUUUUACAAUA